AUGCCACCUCCAGCCCCCAUGCGUGGGAAACUGCCCCUGUACAGCCUGUACCCCCACACGCGGCUGGGCUACCUCUUCUACCAGCGGCAGGUGAAGAAGGCCCGGGAGCGGUACCCGCACGGCCACUCCGCGCCCCAGCCCUGCCGCUUCCCCGGGGUGAAAAUCCUGCCCAUUCCCGUGCUCUCCAACAACUACAGCUACCUGGUCAUCGAUACUGGCUCCGGCCGGGCGGCCGUCGUUGACCCCUCUGACCCGCUGGCCGUGCAGGCUGCCGUUGAAGAAGAGAGGGUGAUGCUGGAGGCCAUAUUCUGCACCCACAAACACUGGGACCACAGUGGGGGGAACGCAGCGCUCCGCCAGCAGCACAGCUCCUGCAAGGUGUACGGCAGCACCCUCGAUGCCAUCCCAGAGCUCACCAACCCGCUUGCGGACAGGGAGAAGGUGAGCGUGGGCUGCCUGACCUUCGAGGCGCUCGCCACACCUGGCCACACCGUGGGCCAUAUGGUAUACGUGCUGGACGGGCGGCCGUUUGGCGGCCCCCCCUGCCUCUUCUCCGGGGACCUCCUCUUCCUCGCUGGCUGCGGCAGGCUGUUUGAGGGCUCCCCUGAGACCAUGCUCGCCUCCCUGGAUGUGGCCGUGGGCUUGGGCGAGGACACACUGCUGUGGCCGGGCCACGAGUACGCGCUGGAGUGCCUGACCUUCGCCAGCCUCCUGGAGCUGGACAACCCCGCGCUGGAGCAGAAGCUGCAGUGGGCGACACAGCAGCGCCAGGAGAAGAGGAGCACGUGCCCCUCCACGCUGGGGGAAGAGCAGACCUACAACCCCUUCCUGCGGACCCACCGGCCGGAGCUGCAGGCAGCGCUGGGGCUGCGGCAGGGCGGAGGGGAGCACCCCGACGCCUUCCGCGCCCGCGUCCUCAAGGAGGUGCGGAGGCGCAAGGAUCUCUACAAAGCCACCUAG